UCCGUCUUCAGAUGCAUAUCGCAGAGCAGCAGCAGCAGCAGCAGCAGCAGCAGAACACAUUCUCUCUCGUGCAUAUCAGUACCGACGACACAUGGGCUCCUCUUUUUCUUUUCUUGUUUAAGUGUUAACGAUUUUGUCGAGUUCAAUGGGCAGCUUAAAAGUCAGAGACUAUGACACCAUCACGUCUUUCCUUGGUUCCUGGGGACCCUUUCAGCGAAAGAUCUUUUUAGCGUUGGCCAUCAGCAUCAUCCCGAAUGGAUUUAUUGGCAUCUAUAUAGUGUUCGUAGGGGACACCCCUCCCCAUGAAUGCUACAUCCCUGAAAUCUACAAUAUCAGUGAGAUGUGGAGAAACAUGACGGUCCCACUGGAAACGGUUGACGGCGUUACAAAGCGCAGCUCGUGCUCAAGGCUUAAUCUGGAAAUGGUCAGAAACUACUCCGACAGCAAACUCAUCCCGAACGUGGACGUGAAUGUGAGCCGGAUCCCUCUGGAGAGCUGCCGGGACGGGUGGACAUACAGCAAAAAAAUCUACCAGUCUACUAUUGUUACAGAUUGGGACUUGGUAUGUGAGAACGAGUACAAAGCUCCACUGACCACCUCCCUUCAUUACGUCGGCGUGCUAGUGGGAGCCUUUGUCUCGGGUCAGAUGUCUGACAGGUUCGGAAGAAGACCUACUCUCUUUUUCAUGAUGGCUAUUCAGACUGUGGCGGUCACAGCGCACAUAUUCUCCCCCAGCUGGGAGGUCUUCACUCUAAUUUUCUUCUUCGUUGGUGCUGGGGGAUUCUCUAACUAUACCGUCGGCUUUGUGCUGGGUGCAGAAAUUCUAAGCCCAAAAACCAGAGUGGUCUUCUGUUCCCUUGGGGUCUUCAUGGCCUCGGCGGUGGGGUACAUGGCGAUGCCUGCAGUCGCCUACUUCCUCCGUGACUGGAGAAUGCUGUUGAUCGCCAUGGCCGCCUCUGGCCUGAUCUACCUCCCUCUGUGGUGGUUCAUCCCAGAGUCUCCUCGCUGGCUGCUCUCUCAGGGAAGAGUGAAGGAGGCUGAGGCCAUACUUAGAGAUGCUGCAAAGAGCAAUAAAGUCCAGGCUCCACUGGAAAUCUUUACUAAAGCUGAGAUUGAUGAAGCGUUGACGAAUAAGGAUAAGAAAUACAACAUUUUGUUCAUCCUGAAAACCUGCAACAUUUUCUCCAUUACUUUGCUGUGUGCAUUUCUGUGGAUGAUCAUCACCCUCAGUUACUACGCGUUAAUCCUCAACACUUCCAACCUGCACGGCGACCCUUACUUAAACUGCUUCUUGUCCGCUGCGACAGAAGUCCCAGCUUACAUCAUCGCCCUGGCCCUGCUGCAGUACUGCUCCAGGCACAUCUGCCAGUCUUCCACACUCAUGCUCGGAGGCGUUAUGAUCCUCUUUGUUCACCUCAUUCCAAUAGAUCUACCGGCCGUGGCUGUGUUUCUCGAGAUGAUGGGGAAGUUCGGCAUCACGGCAGCGUUCUGUGUCAUAUACGCCGUCACCUCGGAGCUCUUCCCCACUGUCAUCAGAAACACAGCGAUGGGCUGCUGCUCCAUGGCCGCUCGUAUUGCCACCAUCAUCUCCCCCUUUAUAAUUUAUCUGGGAAAAUUCUUCAAGCCACUUCCGUACAUAGUGAUGGGAGUUUUAGCCAUCACUGGCGCCAUCUUGUGUUUCCUGCUCCCAGAAACUCACAGGAAACCUUUGCCGGAGACCUUGUCACAAAUGCAGGUGAUAUGCAGCAGGGGACGAGGAGAAAAGGAGAAGGAGGCUGAAAAUGAAGAGAACACAUCGAAAGAAUCCAGGUUAUAGUUGUGGCUUCUGUUUGCGUAUCUGCAUUUUAUUUUUUCUUCCUCGUACUGUGUUGUCUCAUUCGUGAGUCCAUAACUCUUAACUCAUAAUUCUUUUUAUUUUUCAUUCUACUGACCCUUUUUGCUUAUCGUUUAGCUCUGUGUAUUUUGCGUUGUACGGCCCCAAAUGUAUUGGUAACCUGCUUAACUUAUUGUGAAGACUGUCAUCAGUUUGUUAAAAUAAAAAUGAUUAAUAAAAAUAUUUCAACAACAA